AUGAUUGUCCAGCUGGAGCAUUCCUCUCUGCCCACUCUGCCCACUCUGCCCGCUUUACCCACUGCGCAGGAACCUCCCAAACUCUCUUCCGAGCCUGUCGCCGAGCCCUCUUCCAAGCCUGACGAAGCCGCCGCGUCGAAACCCUCCGGUGAGCCGGCCCAACCCUCCGUGAAGCCGGCCGAAGAGGAGCAGCCGGCCGAGUCCCAGCCUUCCCAGACCGUGGAAACUGUGGAAACCGUGGAAACCGUGGAAAAGGAGAAAUCUGGCGAGGCGGCAGCGGAGGAGGCGCAGGAAUCAAAACCCGAUCACUCAGCGUCGACCGCGGAGUCGGCGGAGCCCUCAGCGGCGCCCUCUGCCGAGCCUGCGAAGCCUGCGAAGCCCGUGGAGCCUGUGGAGCCCGCAGAGCCGGCGAAGGCCGCGCAGGCCGCGGAGAUGAGCGAGGUGUCGACCGAGGCUUCGGCGCAGGCGGCUGCGGAGCCAUCGGUGGAGCAGGCGGAGGCGUCGAUGGAGGCGUCGACCGAGGCUUCGGAGGCCUCUGCGCCGGGCGAGAGCGCCGCGGAGAGCAGGGAGGCGAGCUCCGCGCAGGCCGCCCCGGCAGCAGCGGCGGCAGCGGCGUCGGCUCCGCGCGGGAAGCGCGUGGUGCGGAAGAUGCAGCGCCGCAAGCCGCUGGAGUUCUCGCUGGGGUCGUUCGCCUCGGCGCCCGACUCGGUCCCGGUGAGCUUCGGCUUCGCCGCCUCGCCCGCGCCGAGCACGCAGUCCGCGCAGCCCGCGCCGAGCGUGCAGCCCAUGCCGCAGCCGAUGCCGCAGGCGAUGGGCCACCCGAUGGCGCAGCCGAUGCCGCAGCCGAUCCCCCAGCCCAUCCAGGCCAUGGCCCAGCCCAUGGGUCAGCCGAUUGGUCAGCCGAUUGGUCAACCGAUGGGUCAACCGAUGGGUCAACCGAUGGGACAGCCAAUGGGUCAACCGAUGGGUCAACCGAUGGGUCAACCGAUCGGGCAGCCGAUGCCGCAGGCGAUGGCGCAGGCGAUGGGCCAGCCGAUCGGACCGCAAAUGGCGCAGGCGAUGGGCCAGCCGAUGGCGCAGGCGAUGCAGGCGAUGCCGCAGGUGAUGGCGAACCAGGCAAUGCCGAGCCAGGGAGCCAACGGAGGUGCGACUGGCGGCAGGAGAUAACGCGUAGAGCAGCACCACGAAGUGGAUCCGAUGCACGAUCUGUCCUACCACGUAGCCACGCGCAGUCGUUGUCAUCUCUAGUGCUACUACAGCGUGUAUCCCAGCUACCCCCAGAGCAUGGUCAUCGACUACUUCCCCAACGGAGGUAUCCUCGCCCCCAUUCCCUCACACCCAGCGCCCGGGAUGCACCAUGAAGCGCCCUACCUGAACGUGCCGAUCCCCGGCCAGGCGAUGCCUGCGAACUCGAGCGAGCAGAACUACUCGUCGCUGCAGGGGAAGAGCGGAGCGGAGAUGAACAGCGGGGAGAAGGCGCCCGGGAUGAACCACGACGUGCCGAUGAUGUACGGGCACCAGGGCUUGCAGUUCGUGCCGCUGGGCGGGUAUGGGAACUACACGUCGAACCAGGGGUACAUCUAUCGCGGCUAUCCGUGCGCUUUGGCAGGGAGGAGUGAGCGGUAGGAACUUGAUGGGGCAGAUUCAGCCCACCACGUACGAGAACCAGGCGCAGAACCAGGCGCAGAACCAGGCGCAGACGGCGGAGGGGUAUGGAGCGGGGAUGCAGAACAAUCGCGUGAUGAUGGAGCACGUCGACCAGCCCUCGCGAGGCUUCGCUUAUAACUCGUCGAUGUGGCUGCCCCAGGGAAUGGGAUAUUAAUAAUAAAUAUGAUUGGUU